AUGUCAGACUUGAAUAGCCAAAGUAUUAAUGUUUCUGAUCGCAUCAGUAUUGUUGAUGGCUUCUUUGUUAUGGUUGAAACCAGUGAAAACAAUGUUACCAAGAAAGUUAUUAAGAAUUAUGAAACCUCAACCUGGAAGUUAACUAACAAAGAAAUCACCAUGGUAUCAAACUAUAAAGAUCGCCUAUUUGAUAUCACUAGCUAUCAUACUGAAUAUCCAAACUCAGAAUUGAUUCCACAUAACAGCCAUUUGUUGUUUGAAAAUUGUACCACUAUUGAAAAAAAGUUCUAUCCUACUAACGAAGGCUUUAAAUCAGUGAAUUCAAGAACUUCCAAAAAAGACAUCUCCGAAUCUCAAACCUACUCAGUCAUUCCUAUUCGCCUUAAAGGAUUACCUAAUAAAUACCUGUAUUAUAAAAAUGAUACUGAUAAUAUCCAAUCUUUCCUGAACGUCACUAUAUCCAGAGAUAUUAUUCAAUCAAGAGACUCCAGUUUCUUUGAACAAGAAAUGUGUGUAGGAGAAAUUAAGUUUAAUGAAGCUGACUUACAAUUAUUACGGUCUUUCCAUGCUUACAAAAUUGAAAUGGAAAAUUUAUCUUCAGGAGCCUUUUCUGCGUGGUACCCCGAAGUAAGAAGAUUAUACCAUCGUAGAAACAUCCACCAUUCCUAUGUUAACCCCACCUCAGGAGAAGCGUUUCCAAGGAGUUAUAAGAAAGAAACAAGAGAGAAGUAUGCUAGAUUAGUUGCACCAUUUUUAUUCCUAGCCAAAAUUGUAGAUAGAUUGUCAUUUGCUACAACCGUUGCAAUUCCCGAAUAUGUUAUUGAAGAUGCCAAUUCCGUUAGUAGCUGGUUAUAUGCAGUUCACUCCGACAGUGAUUAUUCGGCUUUGUGGAUCCUCAUGAUGAGAGUUUGUUGUUUCAAUUGGACUAGUUUGACUUCUGAAAUUCCUGUUGUUCAUAAAAUCAAUGCGUAUCGUGAAUUUUUUGAUGGUGUUAAAGCCUUUGCCACUUACGGUAUCUUAGUUCGUGUCACCACUUCUUUGGACACUAAUGCCGACGAUAUGUUCUUCAACAGAAACGUAAGUGAAUCUUGGAACUGGACUUCAAAUAUUUAUCAUAGAGUUGUCCAAGCUUACCAAGAUUACAAGAAAUUCAACACCAAAGUAGUUCCUCCAGAUGCUGUUCUGAUCUCUUCCAAGAAGUUUUCGAAAGCUUACAUCCAAGUCUUUUAUAAUGAUGUAAAGAACUGUUUUGAAAAAAACCUUAACGAUAUUAGGGAGUUUUACGACAACUUGCUGCCAGUAUCUGCGGCUGCUGACUGCGUAUUGAACUCUCGCCAUGCUAUCAUGAACGAAAAUAGAAAUGUUCCCAAAGUUUCGAUGUUAUUGUUAUUCCCUUCAUUUAUUUUACAAAGAAUCUGUCCUUCAUUGAAACCAACAUGUGCACCUGAUAAGGAAUCCAUCAUCAAGAAGAUUACCGAAAUGGGUGUGUGUAUCAUGUGGAUGGUGUACUUUUCUGCUGGUGGGCCAUAUCGUUUUCCUGAAAUGCUGGUACUUAAGUAUGCUGGUAAUCAACGUAAUCUUUUUGUCGAUCCAGUAUCAAGAUGUAUUGAAAUAAUUACCCAAUAUUCUAAAAGUGGAGAUGGUAAAAGAAGUUAUAAAGUAUUGGACAAGAUGACAUCAGACUAUAUGUUUUACUAUGUUGUGGUUCUUCGUCUCAUCCUACGUUCCCAACUUGGUGCUGAUUUUGAUGGUAUGAAUUGUGAUUUAUUUGGUGAAUUAGAUGAUGACGACAGUGAAGAUAUUAGAGAGAUAGAUGUUGCCAGGCCAGCUGAUGGUCUUGAAAUGUCAUCAUUAGAGUUCACAGACAAUAUACUCCAAUCCUUUCUAUUUGUGGACCCUGCUGCAGGUACUCUUAUCAAUUAUAGACAAUUCGCCGCUUUUCUCAAAAUAUAUCCGUCCAAAGUUGAUUCCCAUAUGAGGUUAGGUUUUCGUGAGAUGCGUCAUGGUAUGGUUUCUCUGUUGAGGAAUUAUGUAGAAGCUGAUGGUGAAGAUGUUACCACCAUGGCCACAAAGGAAAAUCUGGCAGGUCAUUCUGCUGCUACAGGAACGUCUGUUUAUGGUGUUGACCACUCACGGGCUGCUGCUGGUAUGACUACUGUUGAAAUUAUCUUUGCAAUUAAGGUUAUAGCUGCUUGGCAUGCAUGGUUAGGUUUUGGUUAUGGAAAGGAUGAGUUGGUAGAAGCAGAAGGUUUAACCAACGGUCAGAAAAGAGGUUUUCCUUUAACUAGAUCCCUUAGAGAUCUGUAUCGUAGUGGGGAGAAGGUGUACGGUAAAGAUUUCAAGUUCCGUGAAGGUCAAUCUGAUUGUGCUAUGGAAAUAUACGCUUCUGAAACCCAUCUAUUUCCCAUCCAAGCUCUUCCAGGGUAUGGUAAAACUGCCUUAAUUCAACUCCCUUUGGUUGCUGUUGCUCAACAACAUAGCCAUGUCAUAUCCUUUGUUUUUGUUCCAUAUGUUGCUCUUGAGACCAAUAUGAGGUUGAGAUUGUCUACUGGUGGUUUAACUUAUGGUGCUGUUAAGAGUUUAUUUGCUAAUGGUCCUGCUGUUGCCGAAGGGGAUUUCAGGUGUAAUGUGUAUGUCGGUACUUUCAGCGACCUGGCAUCAGAUAAUUUUAUCACCAUGAUGAAUGACUGGUACACAUUAUAUCAGAAUAUUCUCUUAGGUAUGGUUGUAAUUGACGAGUUUCAUAAUCUUGUCACUGAACAAUCCUACCGUGGCUCCACGUUUAAAUCUAUCCCUGAUAUAAAUUUUUCAUUAUCUUGGAAACUAAUUUGUAUGACGGGAACAGCAGGUAAAAACCUAAUGAAAGAAGGGUUGCGCUUCAUUGGCGUUGGUGAUUCUUUAACUACGAACAUUACUGGGUCUGGGGUUUUCUAUUAUAAUUAUGUCACCUCAGUUCCGUUGGUUAAUGUCGUCAAAACUUUUGAUUAUUUUGAUGACCACGAUGCUAUUGUUCAAAAGGUUAAAUAUGUUGUUACCAAAUUUCUAACCUAUGCUGACGAUACUAAAGUAAUUAUCGUUUGCAGGGAGAAAUCAACCGUAGAGUUAUUAGGUGCCGUUACUUUUUGUGAUUCAAUUUGGGUCCAUGGGGAUUUGCCUACCGAAGUUAAGUUAAAAAAACUACAGGACUUCAUUCAGGAUUCUUCAAAACGAAUUCUGAUUGGCACAAAAUUGGUCUCAGAAAGUAUUGACAUACCUGAGGUGAAAAUGGUACUUAUUGUUGAUUAUUUGCCUUCUGUUGGAGAAUAUAUUCAAACUGCUGGGAGAUUACGUCAAGGUGGGUUGUGUUAUACGUAUUGGACCAGGAGAAGUGUAUGUGAAGAUGACAAGCAACAAGUUGAUCCCCAGAAGUGCAUCACCAACCAAGUUUCCAAAUUUUAUGGUCUAGCCAAUAUCGGCCAUCAAUUAUGUUGUGGUAAUGAUGUUAAUAUUACCCAAGAACUGAAAAAUAUGGCUGACUACACCUUAAAUGUGGAAACGACUACCAAUGAGGAGAAUGAUGGAGGAAUUGAAACCAUUGAAGUGGAACCAACCAUGGCCAAUACCAUCGAACCAGCGAAUAUUGAACUAACCAUUAACACUUUGCAUCCGCAAGUACCAAGAGGAGGGGAGUUGCAACUGGCACCCAAAAGAAGAAGAAUGAAUACAACAAAAGAUAUACUACAAAGUUUGUUUGGAAAUUGUACUAAUGUUUUUGAUUUUUCGGGACUGCCACAAGAGGCUAUCAAAUACUUACAUUUUUAUGGGGUAGGAGAAAGCUACUUUGAUUUUCCUUUGAAAAGUGCAGCUCAAACUUGCUACAAGUGCCUUGGUGAAAAAGUGGAAGGAUGUGUUUGCUGGAAAGAUAGUCAAAUUAGUAUCCGCAAAAUCGGUCUUGAAGUGUUGCUGUUGUAUAAGUCGGUUUUACCAGGUGGAUCGUUUGAUGGAGUGAAGAGGAAUAUUUUAGAUGGUGGGUUACACAGGGUUUUGAUACAAUUUGUCACAAAUAAGGUAAGUAUGAAAAAAUUAGUGGAAGCUAAAUUGUCCAAAUUCUAUACCGCAAUGAUUGGUUUCCGAAGGUUACGCUACCCAGAAAGAGUGUUCAAACAUGACGGACAGAUGACCAGCACAUACAACAUAAUGUGGGAAUCAUUACUCAAUCGUAAGUUAGAUAUAAUCUCUUUCUUUUCUACAAAGAGGAGUACGCUAACAUUGCCUGAGUUAUGGUCCAUUGUGUCAGAGUCGUCAUUUGAUGAGAGGAUUGUAGCUCUAAGAAGAGUUGGGAGUAGCAGGUACGGGAGGUACGCUUUUGUUAUUCAACAUGGCGGUAGGAUUGACUAUUUAUUGGAUGCUAUAGGUUUCGAUUAUCUUGAAUUUAUGGUAGGUUAUGACCAAAACAAAGAUUUCAAUUCCAGGAAGGAAUAUAUUGGUAGGAAUUUACCUAAAAAGGCUCCGUCCGUGAAAGUAGAACAGAAACUAUAUAUCAUGAUGCAAUUUGCUAUCUUUCACAAUGAAGAGUUUAGAGCAUUAGUUUACAGAGUAUUCCCAGACUUACCCACCGUUGGUUUUUUUAGUCAUUGGUUACAGCUCCAAAAGUUGAAGGUGACAUUUCCUCAUGACCAAAGUAGGCCGUUAUAUCAAGUUAUUGGUGCAAUGUAUUGGAAAUGGUCCAAUUUUUAA